CCAGGGGGGAAACGAGGGAACCCACUUAUCCUCGUCACCUCCCACUCUUCCUUCAACGAUAUUCGGGAUGCUUGCUGUGUCAAGGCGUGCUGCUGCAGUAACUGCAUGGCAGGAAGAUUGGAUGGCGUCCUGCGUGCAUACUGCUCUGGAGUCCUGCCGCAACUCAUUCUGGCUCAAGUGCAAGCAUCAAUUUCUGUGCACUUGCAGCCGAUCCGCUACAUACUUUGGUUCACACCGAAGGUACAAAUUCAAUCAUGGGGUGCGCGCAUGCCGCACUGCUCCUCUCUUGCUUCGGCAGGGUGGUGUCAAUCACGAAGGUGACCGAGCACCUCGACGUGACGAUUCUGGCAGUUGGUUCCUCUGGCGGUGGGAAAUCGACGCUUCUGAAUUCAAUGGGAAGUGGCAAGGAUGCUUUCCGCGUGUGCACGGGCACUGACAUUUGUACGAAGCGCGUCUCCAGUAACGACUAUUUGAAGGAUGUCAGCGGAGCAGAUGGGACGAAACACCAGGUCAGGCUCACUUUGGUGGACUCUCCAGGCUUCCCCAACCCCAAGGGCAUUGUGGACGCGUAUGAUGCGGUAAUCUAUGCAACUCGGCGCGCUUUGAAUGCGGUCGUCUGGGUGGUAAAGCCAGAUCGCACUGGGUCUGCUUCCGCAGAAUUGCUGCGCAACCGCGUAUUUCUUCAAGAGUUCAACCAGUUGCGCGUCCCGAUCUUCCUAGUUGUCAAUGCACAUGAUGAUUUCGAGGUGGAUGCUAAGAGUCUUGCCAGUCGCAUUAGUUCGCUGAGGGAGUUCGGCGAAGAAUGCGCACAGAACGCAGGUCUCUCCAUUGCAGGGCGGUUUGUGUCACUCAACAAGACUGACUUGGAGCAGACAGCCCAGGCUGUUUUGCGCAGGGCAAUGCCUCUUGAACCCCACAAGUCUUUCCUGCGGAGUUGGCACCCAGAAGACGUAGCAGCAGAAGUCAUAACAAAUGGCAAGGACACGCGAUUGAAACAGCUGGAAGAACACGUAGCGACUCUGCAGGCAUUAAAGCCAAGUCUCUUCUUGCAGGCGAUGCGUGGCAACAUCGAUUUUCACCCAUUUUGGACCGAUGAAGAUCGCCGAGGGAUCACCGACGAUACCACUUAUCUUGAAAAACGCAUCGGCGAUCUGAGGCGAGAACAAGCUGAUCUGGAGUCUGUCGAUGCAUCAGAGGUGGCAAGAUUGCUUCGAUCCGAGUGGUCCGCCAAGGCGAAAGCGGUGGGCGCCGCGAUGCCGACGGUGGAUAAGAAACGCGUCGAGCUCUGAGCGGGCACUUGAGCUAGAGGCGGCCUGGCAGUCCAGGCGGGGGGCGGAGCAUCCAAACUAAAUACCGUUGAGCCAGUGCAGCGUUGCAAAGUUCCCAGCACGAGCGACCUCGUGUCGUCAU